CGCGUCGCCGGUUUGCCGGAAGUUGCGUGAACAGCAGGCUGUCACCGGAGCUGCUAGCCGCCUGCUGACCUGAAAACAAGUGAAAUUUAAGUAUAACACCGUCGCCAAGUGAAGUCAAACUAUCUCCUACGGGAACAUGGACGAAGACGUGCUGACGACGCUGAAGCUGUUGAUAAUUGGCGAAAGUGGAGUUGGGAAGUCCAGUCUUCUCCUGAGGUUCACAGAUGAUACCUUUGAUCCAGAGCAGUCGGCAACUAUAGGUGUGGAUUUCAAAGUAAAGACACUCGCAAUCGAUGGGAACAGAGCAAAACUGGCCAUAUGGGACACAGCUGGACAGGAAAGGUUUCGCACCCUGACACCCAGCUACUACCGUGGUGCACAAGGAGUCAUACUUGUGUAUGACGUCACAAAGCGUGACACUUUUACCAAGCUUGAAAACUGGCUGAAUGAACUGGAAACCUACACUACACGCAAUGACAUCGUGAAAAUGCUCGUUGGGAACAAAAUUGAUAAGGACGACCAGGAGGUGGACAGAAACGAGGGGUUGAAAUUUGCUCGGAAACACUCUAUGCUUUUUAUUGAGGCCAGUGCAAAGACCAAAGAUGGCGUACAGUGUGCCUUCGAGGAGCUUGUGGAGAAGAUCCUGCAGACACCAGGGCUUUGGGAGAGUGAAAACCAGGGUCAGAAGCUGCGUCUGGGGGAGCAGGAGCAGGGCGGCGGCAGCGCAUGCGGAGGAUACUGUUCCAUACCCUGAAAACUGGACAGAACCAAAAAAAAAAAAUGCACCAUCCUGAAAGGAACGACUACGGACCAGAAACAGAGAGGAAAAGAGAGAAAAAGAGGGAGACGGAGAGGUGGAACUUUAAAAAAAAUAGUUGGAGAAGUUCUGUUGGUCGAGAGGACUUUGCUGUUUGCACACUUCCUUUUCAACCAUCACCUGUCACCUCUUUCUUUUUAAAAUAUGAAUGAAAGGAACUUGAAAAAAAAAAACAAAGCCUCUUGCCUAUAAGGAUGUAUAGCGUUUUAAAUUGACAUAACCAUGCAGAGUGUGCGUCAUAGGAGUACAUGUCUGGUCUGAAUUUAUCCUACUGACAACAGUGAUUCUGUUGUGCAUUAAGGCAUCAGGUUGAUAGCGUAGUGCCUAUAACAUGAACCAAUUUGUAGAUUACCGUACAGAGCUUGUCAAAUUUUACUCCCAGUGAAUUAUUAUAAUCAAUGCAAAAAAAAAAAAAAACUAGUUCCCUGUAAAUGUUGGCGUACAUGUAGCUGCAGAGUUAAAGUACAAAAUGUUCCACUUCAUGUGUAUUUGAAAGCUUUUAUUUCGGGCAUAACACGUGAAUUGGAUGGAGGGCAGUGGUGGAGGAGACUUGUUAUGUUAGCGGUAACGUUGACAUGCACCAGAACACUGUGAAUGUCAACUAAGACAUUUCACAAUCAUACUUUUCCCAGUUACUGAGCUCAUCUUUGCUGUUAACCUAAUCAGUUAUUUGUUUGAUGGCAAUUUCCAUCAAAUUUUACAUAUGUACAGAAGCGCUCACAUAAAAACGUCCUUGUUUUUUUUAAAAAUUCUUUUUCCUCGUUCUGUGUGAAAAUCCAGGACAAGUAAUCAUCUUUUUGUUUUUUUCUGAUUUUCUUCAACCAAACCUGUCUUUUUUCCUCGCAUGUCUGACCUGGACCAUAACUCCCACUGCUACAAGUCUAAGGUUUACAGUAUUUACAGCUCUUACAAUAAAAUAUACUCUUUUAGUAACUUGAGUAGCUCUGGCAAAAUGUAAUUUAGUCUCAGCUUGACCCCGUAAGCUUGAUUUCUCCCCAUUUAUUUAGCAGUUCCUGUGUGAAGUUGUGGUCUCUGUAACGUCCCACUGACUUAUCGAAGGCAUUUCUCACACAUGAUGGUAUGAGAGCAUUCCUAAGACCUGUUUGAUGUAUUGUUGCUUAUUUGUUUGAGUUGUUUUUUUUUCCUUGUUUAGAAUCAUAAUUACCCUUCCCUGUCGCCUUUGCAGUGCGCCUAUUUAAAUCAUACUGAGCAAUAUGUUAACAUGAUAUCUGCCUUAACAUUGAAUGACAUUUGCUUGGGUUAUGGUCCAGUAACGUUUGUAUUGUUUCAAACUGAAAUAAACCACAGCCUCGAGAUGCCGUCA